CUGCGAGGAGGCUCAGGAGGAGCUGCUGGAGUUUCAGGAGGGGAGCAGGGAGCUGGAGGCCGAGCUGGAGGCUCAGCUGGGCCAAGCUGAGAACCGCAUGAAGGACCUGCAGACGGAGAACCACAGACUCAAGAAUGAGGUCGAAACACUCAAGGAGAGGUUCGAGCAGCAGUACGCUCAGAGCUACAAGCAGAUCUCCGUGCUGGAGGACGACCUCGGACAAACUCGCAGCAUCAAGGAGCAGCUCCACAAAUACGUCCGAGAGCUCGAACAGUCCAACGACGACUUGGAGAGAGCCAAAAGAGCUACCAUCGUGUCUCUGGAGAACUUCGAGCAGCGUCUGAACCAAGCCAUCGAGAGGAACGCCUUCCUGGAGAGCGAGCUGGAUGAGAAGGAGUCGCUGCUGGUCUCUGUGCAGAGAUUAAAGGAUGAAGCCAGAGACUUGCGGCAGGAGCUGGCCGUACGAGAGAGGCAGUCAGAUGUAAGCAGGAUGUCCGCUCCGAGCUCGCCCACACAGGACAAUGUGAAGAUGGACUCUGCGGUGCAGGCCUCCCUCUCUCUGCCUGCUACACCACUGAGCAAAGGUCUGGACAACGCCUUUGCCAACACAACAG